AUGGCAUUUCGCAUGCUGAUGCUUGCUACUGCGCUGGGCGGGGCCUCUGCUUUCGUCCAGACCGCCGGCACAGGUGCGCAAGUGGGCAGCCAUGCGCAGGCUGACGUGCGCGGACGUGCUGCCGACAUGGUGGAGGUCCAGGAGGAGGGUGCCCCUUUGAUGUCUUUGGGCAUGGGCUUGAUGGCAGGCUUGCUGGUGGCUCUGGCUGGAUCGUCCCCGGCCUACGCGCAGAGGAACCAGGGCUACUCGGGCAACGUUGACCCCGAGCUCCAGUUCUACAACCCAGGAUUCAAGUCUGAAGGUCUGCUGAAGGAGUUGGGCGACAUGUCCGGCCCCAAGUGGGAUCCCAAGACCGACGUCAAGUACAGGAGCGAGGUGAUUGUCAAGCUGCCUGGUGAGGAUACCAAGAAGGCGUAA